AUGAGCAUAACAGAAGUUCUGAGUGCAAUUAAAUUUCAGCAACAUGCAUUAGAACAGUCCCAUCAUAAUGAGCCAGAAAUUUAUAUAGAAACUUCUAGUAAAGAUAAUAAUAAUAAUUUAACUUUUUCACAAGCAGUAGGGAUAGUCACAGAUAUUCUCUAUGAACGAGAACAUCAAGGAUUGCCACCAAUUUGGAUAUUUGAAGAAUUUCGUGCAGUUAUGGAAUUAGAAGAUAAACGGCUGAAGUAUUUUUUUGAUGAAUUAUAUUUAUCAAUCAACCCGUUAAAAAAAAGCAAAUCUACAAUGGAAAAUGUAUCAAAACAGUUGGUAUUUUUAUGUUAUUUUAUUUGUGGUAUUAGAAAUAAGUUUGUUAAUAAUGCAAAAAGAGAUCUAGGGAUGUAUUUAGAUUCUACUGGGACACCUGAUUCAACGAUAGACACCUUGGCAACAUUAGGUAUGACAAUAACAUCUCGUUCAAUUGCUUACCACAAGGAUGCUAUAUCUAAAAAACAUUUGACAACUGUGGAAUCAAAUCUUGCAGAUACUCAGCUAAUCAAAAUUGGAAUUGAAAACAAUUUUAUGUCAACGUAUUCACUUUCUCAUAACCAACAUUGGGGGUUUCACCUUGUGAGUGAUAAAACAAAGCUUGAAGAAUUAACAGUCCAUAGCUAUGAUGUUCGUUUAAAAGAAAAAAGGAACACAAGAUCACUAAAAGAUGCUGUACUUGUGGAUCUCUUGGAGAGUAAACUUCAAUCAAUGGAAGCUUAUAUAAAUGCUAUUAAUGUUGCAGCAUCUGUUCCAACAAUAAAUAGAUAUAUUGAAGAUGGCAAUGUUUCUAUGAAACGCCCAUUAAAAAGGAGUAAGAAGGAAGGAAGUGCUAAUACAGGAAACAGUAUUCCUAUUCCAGCAAUGAAGAUGAAGGAGGCAUGGCUUUGUCAUCUACCUUUAGGAUAUAGCUCUUCACAUAAGCCUAGUUUGUAUGGUUGUGAUUCUUCUAAUUGUUUUAUUACUAAAACUAUAAUCACUGAAGAAACAGGGCAGCCAGAAAUUUAUACAGAAACUUCUAGAAGUGCUAAUGUAAAAAACAGUAUUCCUAUUCCAGCAAUGAAGAUAAUCACUGAAGAAACAGCCAUUUUACAUCAAAUUAAUUUGAAUAGUAAUGCUGAAGGUGAAGGUCCCGAUUCUAUUCUUGAAGGUGGUAAUGAUGACAUUAAAGAAUUUGCAGAUGGCAUUUUAGUCCCAUGA